CAAGGUCCUGAUAGAGUGCUACGAAUGUGCAACUUUUCACCAAUCGAGUUUGAGCGUCUUUGGGAAACUGGCGAAGAUCACGUCCUGGCAAACUGGAACGUCGGAAGGGGGAAAAAUAGCGGUUAGCCCAAAAGAACAUUCUGUUUAUGACACUUGCUGUCCUGAAGCACUGCGGAAGUUGGGAUACAGCGUCAUCAAUGUUUGGUAUUGAUCCGUCCCCGUUUCAGAAGAUGUUCGGGAAGUUCCUUGCACUGCUGGAGACGUUCUUAUAUCAAACCUUCGUGAUUGACGGAGAAAAACGACAUACAAUGAAGAAAAUGACACUGUCUAGCAAUACGUUCGAGAACUUCCCGUGUGCGUGGUAUGCAACUGACCUGACCUUUCAGCAAACAAACAGACCCGCGGGUGGAUUUCAACAAGUGAAGAAAUACUACAGCGGAAAGCACCACCUUCAUGGAUUCAAGGUGGAGGUUUCGGUGAUACCAGCAGGAAUCGCAAUCAAUUGCACGAAUCGCGAGCCUGAAGCAACGGCCGACGUCACCAUAUUCUGCGACAACAAGGAGUUCCAUCUAGGUGCAAUGAGGAAAGCGCCAAACGAACUUGAAUUGAAUGACUCUGGCCCAUCAGCUGAGCAAUACAAAACCGACUGGGCCGUCCUGGUAGACAAAGGAUACCAGGGCUUAGCGAGAGAGUACAUGGCGAUCCAACCCACGAAGAAAGCUCGCAACUCUCCCCCGUUGAGUUACGAUGUUUUACGAGAGAAUGACCGAAUUUCCCAUGACAGAGUGGUGGUGGAAAACUAUUUUGGCAGACUCAAGACUGUGGUGGUGGUGGUGGUGGUGGUAGUGGGGGGGGGGGUUACUCGCACAAGUGGGAAUGGAACCACAAGAUCUACAACAUGCGUGAAGACGGUGACAGCUUUCUCCGUUAUGAGGAACGUCUGA